AUGGCAGACUCCCUCCCCCUCCAGGUAGCCGAAACCCUCCAAACCUCGCACAUCAACCCCUCCCCUUCCGCCGCCCACGACACCAACCCAUCCACCGCCGCCUCCAAAAAGACUCCCGUCCACAUCUCCUCAACAUCAGACCCCGAAACCGACCUAUCCGACCUCUCCGACGACGAUGAAGACUACCCCCAUUCCUCUUCCCGCAAAAUAAAACCCGUCUCCCGCCAUCACCUCCCCCCGCUCCCCGACCUCAGGUUUGAACAGUCCUACCUCGCCAGCAUCAAAAACGCGGAUACCUGGUGGAAGAUCGCUCUAAUCACGGCGAGGGAUCAGAUGAUCAUGCCUCUCGUUCAAGGCGUUGCUUACAACCUCGCGAUUUGCGGUUGGCAGCAUUGGAACAGAAAUGCCCAGCUCAGCGGGCAGAGCCUGGGUGCGCGGGUGAGGCGAUGGUGGUGGGGUGUGAAUAACUGGCCGAUUCCCGGGGAGAGGGGGUAUAAGAGGAGGUAG